GACCCUCCCCCCCCCAUCCUCCUGUUCACACCCGGCGCUCGAGGGCCACCAGUGACACCGCGCGCGACACCCGCCUGCCAUCCCGAGCGCUUCGCGAUUUGGGCGGGAAACCGAGCUCGGCACCGAGAGACCGACCGACACAGAGAGACCGACCGACACAGAGAGACCGAGAGAGAGCGAGCUCGGCACUGACAGGAGGCGCGGCCCGGAAGGUUUAACUCACAUGAGAUUACUCCACCUUUUGCUGUACUGAAGAAUUUGGAUUUUUUUGUUGAACGCAAUACAGUAUAGAAGAGAUAAAACAGAAGAAGUGUAAAAUCCUCCUCCAUCAUGUCGAACCCUCUCAAACAAGUGUUCAACAAGGACAGAACCUUCCGCCCAAAGCGGAAGUUUGAGCCAGGGACACAGAGGUUUGAAUUACACAAGAAGGCUCAGGCCUCCCUCAAUGCUGGGCUGGACUUGAAGGUGGCUGUCCAGCUGCCACAUGGAGAGGACCUGAAUGAUUGGGUGGCAGUCAAUGUUGUUGAUUUCUUUAACCGCAUUAACCUGAUAUAUGGUACCAUCAGUGAUAGCUGCACUGAGCAAACAUGUCCUGUCAUGUCAGGUGGCCCAAAAUACGAGUAUAGGUGGCAAGAUGAUAACAGGUAUCGAAAACCCACUGCACUUUCUGCUCCGAAAUAUAUGAAUCUAUUGAUGGACUGGAUAGAAGUUCAGAUAAACAAUGAAGGGAUAUUCCCUACCAAUGUUGGUACACCCUUCCCAAAGAACUUCCUGCAAGUAGUAAAAAAGAUACUGUCCAGGCUCUUCCGAGUAUUUGUCCAUGUCUAUAUUCACCACUUUGACAGGAUCAUCCACAUGGGAGCAGAAGCUCAUGUAAACACCUGCUAUAAGCAUUUUUAUUACUUUGUAACAGAAUUUAAUCUGAUGGACACCAAAGAACUUGAGCCGUUGAAGGAAAUGACAGCGAAGAUGUGCCACUAAGAUUGGACUUCCUCUUUUACACCACCUUCCCUCUCCCUUACAUUGCCUGUGGAGCCUGUCAAUCAACUGCUGAACUUUGGAGAAGAGACUUUGCCUUUUCAUAUGCCUAGAUAUCUUUCUAUGAUAUAUUUUUCAAGUCUAUUUUUUUUCCUUACCUGGCACUUAAAGCUGUCAUAAAUUCAGGAAAAAAGAAAUCGAGGAGCUGUACAAAAUCUGUUUGUAGAUAUAUUUUUGUAUGUUCGUAGCAUUCCUUUCUAUGAUAUCGCAUGUCUGAAGAAAUAUGCACUCAAAAGAUUCAGUUCAGUUUAGGUUCACGUUUAUAGAAAAAUACUGUUGCUCUCAUUAGCAGCAUUUAUAUGCCAACACUUCACUUAUGAUAUCAAUAUAAUUACAUUUAAAAGAUGUUUCAAUGCAACACCUGUUUAUCUUGAAAUUGUGCAGACACGAUACAGUCAAUUCAUAGAAAGUUUCCUUUUCCCCCCAUUUAAACGGAAACACAAUUUGUUUACAAAAUAUACAUUGACAUGUUCCUAUAGUGUCUAAUGUAACCAGAUAUGUUUUUUUAUUGGCUUGGCAGAAGAUACCUAGAAAUAGCGUAUUGAGAGGAUAGCUCUCUCAAAUCUUCCAUUGCUGGAUUCAAAUCACAAGCCAAAAACGCAGGGAAAAUAUGAUCGAUGUUUUUUAUCACAUGCAGAGAUGAAUUUGUAAUAAUUUUUUUUUUUUGCUUUUAAGUGGACUGGUCUUACACAAAAUAUUUCUAGAUAAGGUAAUCGCUCUUUGAUGUGUGUAAAACGUUCUGUAUGUCAUGUUGGCUUUCAAGAUGCUUGUCGAAGUGGACGCAUACCGACAUGUACAUCUUUCAUUGUAUGCUGACGAUAGCAUCCAAUUGUACUGAAUGUUAUGUCUGAAAACCAGAGUUACUCUAGUCAAUCAAGACAGGUGGAUGUAUGUGUAUUUGCUGUGGAAACGGUUUUGUUUUGUUUGUCUUUUUCUUGCCAUUAUAGCAGUGGCAUUUGCCAGCCCAGUGUAUGGAUAAACUUGACAAAGGGAGAUUUAAACCAUUUUAAAUCUGCAGAUUCCCUGUGUUACUUGGUUUUGUAGAAGGUAAAUACAGUGAUUUGUGUGUAAAUACACUUAUCUGAAUAAGCUUUACAUAUUAAGAUAGGAUUGCAGAUUAACUUUACUACAUACCUCCAGCACUUUCCAGUGGAAUUUAACCUUUCCAGAGACCUGUACAUGAGCCAUUAAACUUUCUACAAACGUUGUUGUACUAGCUUGUUAACCAGAAUAUGAGCCAAAUAAAAGUAAAGGCAAAGAACAGUUAAUAAUAUAAAAUCUCUGGUGCACAGGUUGUGAAUGUUUUUUAUCGGUACGUUGCAUUGCAGCAUAAUCUUCACUUUUUAGGUUGAUAAAAUGAUGCCAUUGAGUUAUUUGGGUGCAAUUUAUUUUUACAUUCUAAAAUAUGUUGAGCUGUCCCGCUAAAAAUAAGCUGAUGAAUUUCCUCAAGUUGCCCAGUAUAGUUAAAGGGUUACUCCAAGCAUUAUAACUUAUACAGCCUGCUCUAGUGAUUUUAAUGGUAGGAGUACCCUAUCCCCACUCCCGGGUAAUAGGGCAGGCAGUUUUACAAUGGUCACCAGUUGCCGUGUCCUCUCAGCAGCAGACUUACAACAUCCAGCUUCUGCAGCGCUGCACAUGCUGAAUGCUGAUCCGACCAGCCCUACAUUGGUGGAGAACAUCAGUUGACUGCUCACGGCCAAUGUAUACCUCUCUGUGCAUAUAUUCAUGGAAUUGGAAUUACCGUAUUUUUUGCUCCAUAAGACGCACCUAGUUUUUAGAGGAGGAAACC